AUGGCGGAAGUUCGAGCCGUUGAAAAGCCGCAACUUGAUUACGUUCAAUUAAUACAAGAAUUUGUUGAUAAGCGAGGUCAAUCAAUCCAGAAAACUUUGGUUAAAAAAUUGUGGUCUGUUCAUGAAGAUAUUUUAAACAAUUGCGAUGAUUUCCAACUGCGAAUGAUGUUCUUUACACCAACUAUUGCUUCUUGCUCUGAGGGUGUUAAAUUAUUGGCGUCGUUCUUUACUAAAAUAACUACACCUACUGUAUUUCGGCUUAUUCAAAAAUUAAUAGUGGAAUAUGGGGCUACGACCUCGGAUUGCCAAAAGUUUGGAGAAAUCAUCAGGACUGCAUGGAAUAUGGCGGAUCAUGUUUGUCAAUAUGACUUGAAAGAAGAAAUUGAGACCAAUAUUAUCGCGGAAGUGUGCUAUAGCGCUGUUUAUGCUCAUAAACCAUACUGUCAACGAUAUCAGGAUAUCCUCGGUCCAUUAGCAAUUGAAAAGAAGAGCAACAAAGAAUUUGAAGAAAUGAUUAUUUCAAAACUUAAUUCAUGUCUUUUUCAAGGAUUAUCGUCUGUGAACGAUAUUGUUCGUGCAUCUUCAGCUGACGUAUUUUUUAAAUUCUACCCACUAACUGAUUCUGAUCCAGAGAUAAUGGCGAAAAAUUUGCAAGAACAGCACAAGAUUAUGCUUGACCUUCUCAAUGACUCGUCAAUUCCCAUACGAGUAGAUGCAAUUAAAAAUGUUCUGCGAUGUCUUGGUGAAUAUUGGCUGGUGAUUCCUAAGGACGUCGUUCGUGUCCUUUUCAGCCAUAUUGUUGAUACUUUGUCUAACGAUUCUGUAGUAUCAGUUCGAGUUGCGGUUUAUGAAGGAUUGAUGAAAGUGGCACUAAUUCCAGCUUGCAUGAAUGCGUUUGAACAUGCUCUCAAGUGUGUUUGUCCGAGUGGAAUUAAUGACAAAUCCGACAAAGUUCGUCUUUCCACUUUCCAGCUUCUCAAUUUGCUGAAGAAACACAAAUUCAUCAAGGUAUUUGAUAUUGUUUCAAAAGAUGAAAUAAUCGCAAGGCUUGAUGUUGAAUUAGUUGAGGAUGUUCGUAAAAAGAUUGUUCCUCUCGUUCACAUGCUUCUUCCAAUUUCCAAAGAAUUUGAUGAAAAUUAUUAUAAACCAAGAAUCAACUACAUAAUUGGAAAAAGUCGAUUAGCCAUUCUAACAUAUUUUCGCUUACUUUAUCCAAUGAACCUUAUUGAAAUCGAUGAUGCAAUAAAACUAACCGAAAUGCUUCUUAUCUGGGCUUAUCGAUAUCUGAGAGUGAAAUCGAAUGAAUCUCCACUUGCUGAAGAUUCUACUGAAUAUAAGCGAGCACGAGUAUAUCUCGAAUGCGCUGUCGUCAUCUAUUUAUCUAUAAGAGCUAACUUUAUUGCAAACGAGAAGGCGGCAGAAAAAAAGAAGAUUGAAAAAAUUCUAGCUAAACUAAUCGAAGAGGUUUUUGACAAAUAUCGGGAUACUCCGAUUAUUGGAACAGCAACAGCAAUCAGCGGUCAUAUGCCGAAAGAUGUUUUGAAAACUAUGGCGAGUACCAUGUUUUCAAUGCUCGAUAAUGAUGAAGCUGCUGAGGAAGUUAUUGAACCAUUUUUGGAAACUGUGUUCCAUUAUAAUACGGAAAUGCUUUUGGAGAAUAUUGACAAAGGUCUCGCAAUUCUUCCAGAAUACGUAAAAAGUUUGAAAGACCCAAAGAAGGCAACUUCAUUUGAAAAGAAUUCCGAUCCAGACCAAUUUUCGAAAGCAUUACGAUUUUUGAAAUAUAUUACAAAAAGUCAUACAACGAACGUUGUCAUAAAUACGCAGGAUAUGUACAGAAUGACGAUAUCCGAAUAUAUUAAGAAAUUGGAUUAUGUUCGGACUGUUAUUGAUCUAUAUAUUAGUAAAGAGCCAUCGGCUUCGAAGAUAUUCGAAAAUGAGGAGCCAUUAUUUGUUGCCCUUGAAAUGAGAUUAAUUUUGAAAACACUGCUUAUCACAUAUUCGAGUAAUAUUGAUGAAGAAUCGCUUAAAGAAAUAAUUGAGUAUCAAAAUGAUAUUGUUGAAUUUCUCGAUUGGUUCAAGGCAAAUAUUGUUGCGAAACUAGGACAAAUUCCUGAAGACAAAAUUGAUUUUGUUGUGAAAAUCGCAAAAAGUGUUCUCGAGACAGUAUCUGUGUGCUUUUCUGCUUGGAACUUCUCACAGCAACUGGAACUGACGAAGGAAAACGAUGAUGGAAUGGAAGAGGAUGAAAUGCAGUCAUCAAAAAGUGUCAUCAAUGUGCUCUCACAGGUUGUGAUAUCGUUCUGCAACAGUAGUACACCCAUGGAACUUUUUGCACCGGUUCUCAAAAUGGCAGCCACUAUGUGUGACUAUGAGUACGCUGAAUGUCAUUCGACAAUGAUGAAUGUUCUCGAUUUUGCUCCCAAAUGGAUCAAAAAGUUUAUUGAAUUUGAAGAAGAGGCUGAUAUUAACGAGAAGGAAUUGUCCGAUGCACUAAAACUUUUGUUCAAGAAAUUAUUAGAUACAGAUGUUUGGACGGAUAACUCUCAAAAGAAGUUGGCCAAUUUAAUUGUAUUACUUUCGAUUGCCGAACUAACUGAUGCUGCAGACGAGGUUGAAAUUGAGGAUCCAUCUUCUCACGAUUAUGUUCCGCCGAAACUUGUGUCGAUUAUGGUUCUGAAAUUUGUGAUUAAGGAGAAAACCUUGUUGAAAACCUUUCUGGUUGAGUUGAAAGCACUGUUAACGUCGCAAAAGUUUAUAAACAACGAUAUAUCUGCCGAUAUUUGCGCUGUUCGUCUUGGCGCUGUUGGUCAACUCCUUGUUAUGAUUCAAAAUGGCACUAAAGAAGCUCAAGAUUAUGUGACAAAUCUAAUGCAAACUUGCAAGGAAAUGACAUCGAAGGUUCUGGAGGAAAACGAAGAUGUCAAAGCGUUUUAUCGGUCAAGUUUACAAACGCUUUUAAAACUUUAA